AUGCCUCCAGUCAAUUCUAAAGGCAAAAAGAACGGUGCCGAGUAUGAGAAUAUCAUUACAACCAAAUGUACAGUGUUGGAUUUCGAGAGGUACAUACAAGAGAACAAAACAUUAUUACUUAAUGAUCCCUUAAGAGACAUUCUCUUGUAUCCAUCUGAUGAUGUUUCAAGUGUGGUGUUGCCUAGACGAUGGAGGACAGUGACCACAGCCGUACCAGAUGUGAGAACGGCUGCAACUUGCCCUCUACUAACUAGGCAAGCACUUCUCAGCUAUGCUUCUAGUUGGAAUCUUGUCCAUUAUAAAUAUAGUAAUUAUUCUGGAUCUUAUCAUAACUUGCCUAGACCUCUAGAUACUAAGUUGCCUUUGGAAAUUUACGAUAUAGACACAGAAACGGAAUGUGACCAUGAUGCUCAAAAUAAAGUGGAUGUCGGAACCAAAGAAGGUUAUCUCCUCAAAGGACCUGAAAUUGGCUCAGAUAGAAUAUUUGGUAACCUAGCUUCCAAAUCGUUUAAAAAACGAUAUUGCUCAAUGGUGAAAGAGGCUGAUGGAACCUAUAUACUUGAAGUAUAUAAGGAUGAAAAGAAAACGGAUACAAAGCUUACAAUUGUUAUGGAUUUUUGUUCUGAUGUUGUCAGGAACACAAAACGAGGUAGAUUCUGUUUUGAGUUGCGUAUGUCUGGGAACAAAGGUUACACAUUUGCCGCUGAAAAUGAAGAGGAAAUGAAAGAAUGGAUUAAUUGCUUUACUGCAGCACUUAAGAAGAAUCACGAUCAGGGCAAUCAUCAAAAUGAUGAGAUUUUGGAUAAAGAUGCAGAUAUCUCACUAACAGCUGAACCGCCACCUCUAACAUACGGAACCUUGAAGGGACUUGAACACAGUAUGAAUCCUAUGCUGAUGCGUUAUUCACGGGAAACUGAUCUUUCUAUAGCUGCUGCUAGAAACGAAUGUCGAUCUAACAUUUUCAAUUUGCCAUACAAGAGAACACCUUCACCAGAACCACAGUUAGAACCAUUCAAAGAACACUUUGGCCAAAGAAUUUUGCUCAAAUGUGAGAGUCUCAAGUUUAGGUUACAAGCGCCGAUAGAUGGCGAUAAGGAAUUGUUAUGCCAAGUAGAACCGUAUUUCACUCACCUAGCCGUAUAUGACGCGCGUAGCGGAAGAAAAGUGACAGAGAACUUUCAUUUUGACCUCAACCACGCAGCUGUUAAGGAUCUAGUCAAAGAGAAUGAGUGUACGAGGACUUUGAUGGAGAAUUUUAGCUAUGAUAUCAAGGUGGAUGUAAAACAAAUACCGGAUGAAUGGUUUAGAUCCACGAAACAGGUGAUCUUAUCCGUGAACAAUCCGCAUCCGGACUUAUUCUUAGUGGUGAGGAUAGACAAGAUUCUCCAAGGUCACGUUAGCCAAGUUCUAGAGCCGUAUCUGAAGGCGACGAAAGAUCCACGCCUUGGUCUCAAAGUUCACAAAAAUGUUCAAGCUUACGCAAAUCGUGUUGGGAGUUAUAGAAUGCCGUUCGCUUGGGCUGCCAAACCUUUGUUUAGACUUUACAGUAAUGAUCUGGACACAACACCUGAAUUCCCAGCCAUCUACCGCCAAGAGCCGAACAAGAUGUCAGAUGAUGACUUGCUAAAGAUCUUACUGGAUUUUCGAAAGCCCGAGAAAUUGUCAAAGCUGACAGCUAUACCCGGUUGGCUUUCAAUCAGUAUUCAACAGAGUAAUGAACAAAUACCAAAUUGUUUGACUAGUUCCUACGCUGCUCUAAAACCGUUCCCGCUGCCGCCUACAUCGCCGCUCACGUUAGAGCUAUCAACCUACAAUUUCGAACCAGACCAGCCCUACGCAGCGUACAUCCACCAUUUGUAUGUGCGACCGCUCUCACUAAAUUUUGAAUCGCAGAAGGUAUUCGCACGAGCGAGGAACAUCUCUUGCACUAUCGAAUUGAAGGACAGCGAUACGGGCGAUGUGAAAUCAUUACAGAUAAUACACGGCCGGGUCGGUAUGACUGAUCACUACAGGUGCUCUGUACUACAUCACAAUGCAAAUCCGAGUUGGUGUGACGAAGCCAAGAUACGACUGCCGACUACUCUCACAAACCAACAUCAUCUGUUGUUUACUUUUCACCAUAUAUCAUGCGAUAUCGCUAAGAAGAAUGAUACUAAUGUUGAAACUUGUAUUGGGUAUUCAUGGGUGCCUUUGCUGAAAAAUGACAAAUUUAUUGAGGAGUUGGUCAGUUUGCCUAUUGCCACUCACUUGCCGUCCGGCUAUUUGUCUAUACAACCUCUGGGUCUUGGAAAAGGGAACACUGGACCUGAGGUUGUAUGGGUGGAAGGCGAGAAGCAGUUAUUUAGAUGUCAAUUGGUGCUCGAUUCCACCGUGGAAACCAGAGACCCUCACUUGCAUACAUUAUUCAGCUCGAUAGAAAGACUAAUGAAUACGACAUCGCCCCCCUCUAGUCCUGUUUCUCCCCCCUGGCAUGACGUCACUAGCGCACUUAGGGCUGCGCAUGCGAUACAAUUAAGUUCUUUAGUUGCCUUCUUGCCGACUAUACUGAAUCAACUUUUUGAUCUCAUGACAAUUGAUAAAGGCUACUCACACGACACUGGCUAUCAAGUUGUUAAACUAAUCAUACAAUUCGUUCAUAUGAUACACGAGUAUGGCCGUAAAGAUUUACUAGACAGUUAUAUAAAGUAUGUAUUCAACUGCGUAGAAUUCAAGCUACAUACUGUCUUGACAGCACCACUACACAUGUUCGUUGACCCGACGCAACAAGACUUUCUGUUGGGACAUAAAUUCAUGCAAUACUCCAGUUUCUUCUUUGAUAUCAUAGUUAAAAGCAUGGUUCAAUAUUUGAUCAACACUGGACGGAUUAAGAUGUCUCGCCAUGAACGAUUUCAUUCAGAGUUAUUGGAGAACAUUGAUAAAUUGGUCAGUACCGUUGAGCCAUCGUACAUAUUACAACAGCCACUGCAGACCCAUAUAUUUAAUAAGAAUUUGGCUGUUUUUCUCAAGUCUUGCCUUUCAUUUAUGGACCGCGGUUUUGUGUUUCGCCAAAUUAAAAAAUAUUUAGAAAAGUUCAAAAGCUGCGACCCGAAAGCGUUGUUCGACUUCAAAUUCACGUUCCUACAAACAAUAUGCUCCCACGAACACUACGUGCCAUUUAACUUGCCUCUACCUGCUAAUAAAAUCGCCAAAGAUUGUGAUGAAGAUCCAGCUAAGUUGAAAUUGACUGAAGAUUUUGUAAUGCGACAUUUUUUGGCUGGCGUCUUACUUAAACAAGUGGAACAGUCCCUUCGAGAGGCACCUCAGAAACGACGUGUAGCUCUAGCCGUAUUGCGCAAUUUACUCACAAAACAUGAGCACGAUGACCGGUAUAGGACGAGACAAGCGCGUGCUCGUCUGGCUCAGUUAUACGCACCUUGGCUCACCGUUGUACUUGACAACGCGCACCGCCUAGUGACGAAGACUUUAGCGAGUCCAGUCUUAGAAAACGGGUUCGACAAAGUCGACGGUGACGCGACGGUGCAUCCAGUGUUAAACAAUGCACAGAAAGAAAUAACGUCAGCGAACAGCACGCCGCGACGCAAUCGGCUUACACUGCACUUCGAUCACACGCCCGUAAGAAACUCCGCCCACUACAAGGAUCCACCAAACAUCGCUAUUAACAUGCAUGGAAAAGAUCACGUAAAUAACAUAUCGCAUAGUUCGCUCGAAUCAGUCUCAACUAUGUCUGGAGGAGAUUCACUACCUAGAAACACACGAUUGGACUUAAGUGAAAUUGGUGAUCAAGUUAACAGAUUUGGUGUGAUGUCCGCUGAGGAGGUUCGUGACGUCCUUCUGUGUUUCUUGUUUGUGUUGAAGUAUUUGGACGAAGAUAGACUAGUCGAAUGGUGGAGGACGUAUACUCAAGCGCAACAACAGUCGUUCUUUAACGUUUUAGAAAUAUGUGCGGAACAAUUCCAGUAUGUCGGUAGAAAGAAGAUUUUAUCCGAGUUAAAAGUUCCUACUCCGGACUGUAAUGAUAAGUUCAAACCCGUGAAAGCUAGGACGUUGCCAGCGAGAAUGAGCCCGCCGGACUUUUCAAAGGAACCACCGAUAAUCGUGGAGAAGAAUAAUACUGUUAAUAGGGAGAAUUUAGUCAACACUUCGGUGCCUACAGAACUAGAAGCGUUAUCAGACCACGCUGUACUAUCAGCCGGGUGCUUGGCUACAGAAGUAGGACUAACAAUCAUAGACCGGGCGUGCCUCUAUAUGAAGAACAUAGGCGCCGCUGAAGGGCUAGCUGCCAAGCCAUAUUUGAAGCUUCUACAGUUGCCACAAAGCGAAACUCUCUACAAGCACUUAUUUGCAGCAUUAAGGGCGUAUAUCAAUCAGUUUUCGGAAACGCUAUUUGAAGGUGGUAGCACCCUUUGUGCUGGUAUAGUGAGUGCAGUAGUGAAGUUGUGUGAAGCCCGGGCAGCCUGGUUACGACGGGAGGCGGCGGCGUCCUUAUAUCUGCUAAUGAGAGCGAAUUUCCAGCAUGCCACUGGUGGAAACCUUACCAGAGUUCACUUACAGGUUAUAAUCGCCGUAUCGAAACUCCUAGAUAAUUCGACAGCGCUCAACUGUAAACGUUUCCAAGAGUCACUCUCGGUUAUAAACUGCUUUGCUACUGGAGAUAAGGCUAUGAAGGGAACUGGUUUAUCGAGUGAAGUUGCAGAGCUCAUGCGUCGCGUACGCACGGUCGUCGGCGCCCGCGCAAGGCUAGCUGGCGCUGCGGGAGGUGGUACUGGUGCGGGCAGUAUACAGCUUUCGGAACUACAAUUCGCGUUGGCGGCAUCGUGUCGUGCUACACCACGAUUACGUCACGCUUGGCUCGCAACGUUAGCAGAUCUGCACAGUAGGAAUACUGACCAUGACGAGGCAAUGUGUUGUCAACUGCACAUAGCAGCGCUGAUAGCAGAAUACCUCAAAUUACGCGGCGUACAAUCGUGGGGUGCCGAAGCGUUCGCUGAGAUUUCCAAGAAUAUUCCCAACGAUGAGACUGGACUUAAGAUUGACGAAGGUAAGAAAAACUAUUUUCUAUAA